CAGGGACCCACAGACCGACUGAAAAGUGUGUGGCAGGGUUUGGAAUGACGCCCCCUUCACAGAGUGGCUACUUCUUUAAAAACAGAUGGUCUUCCUCCUCCUGUCAGACGGGAAACUUCUUCAGUGCGGGCGCCAUCAGCAGAUGUCUGAAGGGAAGGAACCUGAAACUCAUGGGAGACUCCACUGUGCGCCAGUGGCAAGAGACACUCAUUAGAGUGCUAAAAGGUCUGAAAUAUGUAAAACCAUAUAAUACUCAUUACUCUGUCCUGGUUGCGGACCCACAAAGGAACAUCACUGUCCAGUGGAAGAUGCACGGACAUCCUUUCGUCACUGGCUACAACGUGGUCAAAGAUGCCGUGGGGUACGUUGCCAGAGAAGUAGACAGAGUAGCGGUUGGCGACGUGGUGGUCAUUGGAGUGGGACAGCAUUUUAGGCCCUUCCCCCUGGAGAUCUUCGUCCAGAGGCUGAUCAACAUGCGUAAGGCCAUCCUGAGGCUCCACGAACGCAGCCCCCAGACCCUCGUCAUCAUCAAGCUGGAGAACACCAGGGAGUUACGCUCAGUGAUGACCCACGUGAGUGACUGGUUUGGCCUUGUGCAGAACCUGGCUCAGAGGAAGGUGUUCAGGGACCUGAAGGUGGUGCUGGUAGACGCCUGGGACAUGACAACAGCCGCCAACACCUUCGCCAUCCACCCUAACCGCAUUAUUGUUUCCAAUGAGAUAGCCUUAGCUUUGUCACACCUCUGUAAUGAUUAAUAGAGGUGCUUUCUGAAAGGAACUAUAUAGCAGGGGUUUCCAACUCCAUUUCUGUAGAGACUUUGUUUAACACUCAGGGGGGCUUGUGUUACUAGGCUUGUGUUACAGUACCCUAGGGGCUUUGCAAUUUUAAGGUUUUUAAUUGUGUCUCUAAUAAUGUAAUAAUACAUGUUUAAUUCUGGGGUGGAAUUUCAGUUUUUAUUAAUGAUUAUACAAUGACCAAUUUAAUAAAAAAUAUUUUAUGUCAGUUCCAAGGGUGGCAACAGGGUGGUGCAGGGCAUGGCUGGGUUUUGCCAACCCCUAGCCUCAGUCUUGCCAACCAAUCAGAAAAUGGGAAAAAGAAAGUUAACUUUGACAUAUAGUCAAUUGUACAGGGUUCAUACACUUUUUCACCAAUGAUUUUCAAUGACUUUUCCAUGACUUCUCCACAACCUUUAACUGAAUUUCCAUGACCAAAACAAAUGACUUUAUCUCAGCGGAACGAUUUAAAAUUAUUUACUGUAACACUAAGUAAAAUUAGGUCUGCAUCUGAAACGUAUGGUGCCUCUCUAAAACAAAUAAACACCAGAUAGAUACACACUUUGCUGGCCACACACUAGAGGACAAUUGGGCCGAUUUUGUGCCCGAUUCGCUCUUCCCGACAAUCGCGGGGGCGUUCCCGAUCCGAGGUUAAUCUGAACCAAUUAUCUGACCAAAUGAUCCUGUAGUGUGAGGGGUUUAUAGACAUAAUCUUAAUGUUACCGACUGGAUGGGAGUGUCCCCGAUCUCGAAUCGUAAAUAUCAAACAUGUUUGAUAUUUACGAUUUGAAAUCCUGUAGUGUGAAAGGAACAGCGAUGGAAUAUUGAGCAGAAACCCGCAACAGCCAAUGAGAGCCAUCUGAGCGGGAAGCGUCACCAACCGAAUUUAUUUCAGCUUGCCGAAACCGAAGAAGUUCUCUGCGGACGAAAUUGUUUGCGGUUUGCUCGAUGCGGUUAGGCAACUGCACAUAGCAACAAAAGUAUCAAUAUUAUUGUAUUAUGUAUAUAUGUAAUUAUUGUAACGUUGUGGUCUCCAUGGAGACGUGGAAUCAGCUUGCGGAAAUAAAAAAAGUCCCUGGAAUCGCCACUCUGAAACUGUUUAGUAUAAACGCCAAGUGUGUGGUCCUCCGUCUUGACUGAAUCGUCAAAUCUGUCGUUAUGUCUGUGGUCUCCCACGUUUUAAAAACCGAUUAAGAUUUGAAAAUCCUCUACUGUGCACCAGGCUUUAGAUACACUCUCUCAUAUUUUAAUUCGAAUAGUUUAACAUUUUUGUCAAUGUCUCAAACAGGACUCGAAAUUGCGACCAUUUUGGUCGCAUAUGCUCCCGAAAUGUAAUCUGUGCGACCUCGAAAUAUAAUUGGGAG